UAUCCGCUAUUUUUCACCAGCGUCAUCCCUCCUAAAUAAGGGUUUCUCUGUCUCUUCAAUGCCAUCGGCCUUCUCUCAUUCUCACAGUAGAGAGAGGAAUCGAGUUUCUGUCUCUCUCUAAAAUUCGACCCCUUGUCCUAUUUUUUAAACCAGCAUCAAUCAAUAUAUAUUUGUAAAAUAUAUAGAUCAAUAUACUUAUAUACCUGUAAGAGAUUAUUGCGGCGAUCGAACAACACAUAGUUUUCGAUUUGUGAGUUAUGCAGGCUGAUCAGACGGUAUUGAGCUUGAGACCAGGUGGCGGCACUCGCGGUGGAAGCAGAGUAUUCGGCCCCCGCUUUGAUUCCUCGGCGACGAGCUCUGAUCGUCCCCUGCUGCGUCCCCACGCUGCAUCCUCGCUCACUUCCCUCAAGACUGGAGAAUCUCGAUUUGAUGGGCAUGAACGGAUCCGUUAUACUAGAGACCAGCUUCUGCAGUUAAGAGAGGUGGUCAGCAUCCCUGAUGACAUUCUAAAAGUUAAACAAGAAGUCCAAGCUGAAUUUUUUGGCGCAGAUCCUACCUGGGGUCGAGCAGAAACCACUUUGCCAACUCAGACUCAGAAUCGUUAUUCUGAACCAGACAACCGUGACUGGCGCAAUCGCUCUGCUCAAUUCCAGCCUCCAGCAGAGGAGAGGUCAUGGGAGGCGAUGAGAGACAGAGAAUCUGGUGGGCGCUUUGAUUCUAGGCAGCAAGAUGUGAAUCAAUACAAUAAGCAGGAGCAGCUGAACUUUCAGUUUUCAAGAGCACAAAAUUCUUCCAACCAAGGGGUUGCACCUGCUCUAAUUAAGGCUGAGGUGCCAUGGUCCGCUCGGAGAGGAAGUCUUUCUGAGAAAGAUCGUGUGUUGAAAACUGUCAAGGGCAUACUUAAUAAGUUGACACCUGAGAAAUUUGAUAUUUUAAAGGGCCAAUUGAUUGACUCUGGAAUCACAACAGCAGAUAUUUUGAAGGAAGUUAUUUCUUUGAUAUUUGAUAAGGCCAUAUUGGAGCCAACCUUUUGCCCCAUGUAUGCGUUGCUAUGUUCAGAUUUAAAUGAAAAGCUUCCUCCGUUCCCAUCGGAUGAGCCUGGAGGGAAAGAAAUCACGUUCAAGCGUGUACUCUUGAAUAACUGCCAAGAGGCUUUUGAAGGUGCUGAUAAGUUGAGGGAAGAGGUUCGGCAGAUGACCGCUCCGGAACAAGAAUCAGAGAGAAGAGAUAAGGAACGGCUUAUCAAAAUCCGCACACUUGGGAACAUCCGCCUUAUCGGAGAACUUCUUAAGCAGAAGAUGGUUCCAGAAAAGAUUGUUCAUCACAUUGUUCAGGAACUAUUAGGUCAAGAUACCAAGAGUGUUCCGGAGGAGGAGAAUGUUGAGGCCAUAUGUCAUUUCUUUAAAACUAUCGGCAAACAGCUUGAUGAGAACCAAAAAUCAAAGCGUAUUAAUGACAUGUACUUCAAUCGCUUAAAAGAUUUGGCUACAAACCCUCAGCUGGCUGUAAGACUCAGGUUCAUGGUCCGUGAUGUUCUUGAUCUGCGUGCCAAUAACUGGGUUCCAAGGAGAGAAGAGGUAAAAGCUAAGACCAUCAAUGAGAUCCACUCGGAAGCAGAGAAAAAUCUGGGGUUGCGUCCAGGUGCUACUGCUGGCAUUAGGAAUAGUCGAGCAAAUGCUUCUGGGGCUCAAGGAAGUAUUAGUCCUGGUGGUUUCCCAAUGAAUCGUCCUGGUACAGGUGGUAUGAUGCCUGGGAUGCCGGGAGCGAGGAAGAUGCCUGGGAUGCCUGGAAUAGAUAAUGACAAUUGGGAAGUUCCUAGAUCCCGAACUAUGCCAAGAGGUGAUGCUUCUAAUGUUCAUACCGGGCGUGGUCAGUCUCCGCUUAUAGCCAAGUCGCCUUCAGUGAACCAGAGACUUCUACCUCAGGGUGGUGGUGGUUUCAUGAGCGGUAGGAGUAGUGCCCUCUUGCAGGGCAGCGGGCCAUCACCUGGAGGAUAUGCUGCAGUGCAGAAGCCUGAAGUUGCUACUCCGUCUAGGCAGCCUCCAGCUCCCUCCGUUACUCCAGUUACUGAAAAACCAUCAGCUCCAACUACAAAAUCAAAUCUCGGUGAGCUUAAGAGGAAGACAGCAUCAUUACUAGAGGAAUACUUCAGUGUCAGACUUUUGGACGAGGCAUUGCAGUGCGUUGAAGAAUUGAAGUCCCCUGCCUAUCACCCUGAGGUUGUCAAAGAGGCGAUCUCACUUGGUUUGGAGAAGAGCCCACCUUGUGUCGAACCUACUGGGAAACUCCUAGAGUACUUGUGUGCAAAAAAGGUCCUUGAUUCAAAGGAUGUAGCUACUGGCUGCCUCCUAUAUGCUGCGUCACUUGAUGAUCUCGCCAUUGAUUUUCCAAAAGCGCCUGCCAAUUUUGGCGAGAUCAUUGGUGCCCUAGUUGUGGCCGGAUACUUGGACUUCAAGGUAGUAAGAGACAUUCUGGCAAAGGUGGGUGAUGACUAUUACAAGAAGGCCGUAUUUACUGCUGUUAUCAAGACCGUUGGCGACAGCCCUUCUGGGAAGAAGUUGCUUGAUUCUCAGGCUUCUGAUGUGACAGCAUGUGAGAGCCAAUUUUAGAGCUCGCUCGUUGUUGUAAGAGCCAUUCACUUCUAAUCGCUCCAUGGAGGGAGGCUACGUUGUUACUGUGGUGGAGCUGCUUGAAGCAGGUGAUGUUGGUGCCUUGUAUAUUAUACUUGAUUGAAGUGUCGUGUUACAGUGUUCAUUAAAAGAUGAUGAAAUGAACAAAAACGAUAAGAAAAAAAAUGUAAACAGCAAAUUUUGUUUCUGGGGUGGCCUAAGGGAUGAUGCCAGGGUUACUCCAACUUGUUUUUAUUUUUUUGUAUUUAUUUAGUUUUUAAUUUAUUAUUUGUCGACCUAUUAAAUUUCGUCGGAUUUGUGAGUCAUUGAUACUGUGCAAAGAAAAAAAAGGAAAUAUGUCACGAUAUAUUUGUUUUGUUGAUGUAUCUGGAGCCUCUUUGUUUGUCUGGUUGAUUUUUUUAACUUCAAAGAGAUUGUUGUUGUAGAACUCAAAAUUGUUGGGAUAAUCUAGUGAGAUUUGUUACAUACUA